AUGGCCGCACCUACCAACCCCCCGCUUCCCUCUCUCGCCAUUCCCAAUCCUAACUCAACCACCUACGAAGCUGAUCUCGCAGCCGUGGUGUCUUAUGCUCGUUCCCACCCCGUUCCGGUCACUACCAUGGACACCACCACUGCUGCCGCUUCCAUGAAGGCGUGCGGCGUCUACACCAAAAUCGCGAGCCGCUUUACUACCCCCGCGUACAUGACCGGCAUGACCUGCAGCAACACGGCGGAGUUGGAGCAUAUGGAAUACUUUUCCAAUUGGUAUUGCGGAUUUUGUAUUGUCUUCCACGGCCGUGCUUGUCGGGGCGAUAUUCGCUGGAGCGGUGGAUCGAAUUUCCCCCCCUAA